GGCCCCAGCGCAGCAGCCUCGGCCGCCGCGGGGGGACGAUGAGGAGGCGGCAGCAGCGGCGCUAGGAGCGGAGCGGGGCGGCCGCGGCCCGGCGCAUCCGACGGGACCGGGCCGGAGCGCAGCGGAGCGGGCGAGAACAAUAGGCGCCGGCGGCCGCGCUCCGGGCACCGCCGCCCCGCGGGGCUUUGUCCGGGGGCGGCCGCAGCGCCGCAUGCUCGGCCCCUCCCUCCAGGACUGCCACCGCUGAGUCUGUGGGAGUAUGAAUCAGCAGCAGCAGCAGAGAAUGGCUGCAGUUGGGACAGACAAAGAACUCAGUGACCUGCUGGACUUCAGUAUGAUGUUUCCUCUGCCAGUGGCUAAUGGAAAAAACAGACCUACAACCCUAGCAAGCACUCAGUUUGGAGGAUCAGGUUUGGAUGAAAGACCGGGAUCAGGUUCCUGGGGAACGGGAGAUCAAAACAGCUCCACGUUUGACCAAGGAAGGCAGAACUAUGGUGAAGGCCCUCAUUACGGAGAACACAGGGACCUGUCAUCUCACAACAGCAUAUCUUCAUCACCAUUCCUGGGGUCUGGACUCGUAGGGAAAAGCGGAGAAAGAGCCUCCUACUCCACGUUUGGAAGAGACGGAGGGAUGCCAGGACUAAAUCAGACUGGUUUCCUGCCCAGUGAAAUGGGAAUCGCGAGUCCAAGCACACUUUCCCCCACAGGGGUGAAGGGAGGGUCUCAAUAUUUUUCUUAUUCCAACAACCCUCGUAGGAGAGGUGCUGACAGCAACAUAGAUGGACAGCCUAAAAAGGUUCGGAAGGUGCCUCCUGGACUCCCCUCAUCGGUGUAUCCAUCCAACUCAGGUGAUGACUACAGCAGGGAUCCAGCGGGAUAUACUCCCUCGAAACCUCCUAGCACUGUGUAUCCUGGAGCCUUCUACAUGCCAGAUGGACUUCAUAACUCGCCAGACCUGUGGAGUUCAUCUGGUACCAUGAGCCAGCCAAGCUACGGGGCCAUGCUAGGCAGCUCCUCUUCCCCUCUCCCACAGUCCGGUGGCUUCAGUAGUUUACAUCAGCACGAAAGAAUGAACUACCCGAUGCAUUCAGGAGAAGUUAACGGCGGGCUCCCUUCUGUGUCUGGCUUUUCCUCUGCCUCCACCCCGUAUGGUGUCUCCAGUCACACGCCACCAAUCAGCGGGACAGACAGCAUGAUGGGUAACCGAGGAACCACAGCCGGGAGCUCAGGAGAUGCGCUUGGGAAAGCAUUAGCUUCAAUUUACUCCCCUGAUCACUCUAGCAAUAACUUCUCUUCAAACCCCUCUACGCCAGUAGGCUCCCCUCAGGGGCUUGCAGGCACAUCCCAGUGGCCCCGGGCUGGUGGACAGGGUGCCUUAUCUCCUAGCUAUGAAGGGAGUCUCCACACUUUACAAAACAAAAUGGAAGACAGAUUGGAUGAAGCCAUCCAUGUACUGAGGAAUCAUGCCGUGGGCCAGACAGCUGCCAUGACGGCUAACCAUGGAGAGAUGCACGGUCUGCUGGGAUCGGCACCUGGCCAUAGUGCCACAGUGGGCGGACUGGGCCAGGCCUUUCCCCCUUCAGUCAUGCCUAUGGGGAACAGACAUUCAAGUCUGGUGGGAGGAGGUCACCCUGAAGAUGGGCUGCCCAACAACCCCAGCAUGCUCCACAACCACGUCACACUUCCAUCACAGCCCAGCUCGCUCCCCGAUCUCAACAGGCAGCAAGACACAUACAGUGGCUUGACAGGGGGGCUUGGGAGAGGAAGUGUCACCUCAGGGCCUGGUGAGAUAAAGCGGGAAGAGAAGGAGGAUGAAGAAAACACAUCAGUGGCUGAUAACUCAGAAGAGGAGAAGAAGGAACUGAAGCCGUCGCGGAACAGAACAAGGUGCUCUUUGAACAGUCAUGAUGAGGAUGAGGAGGACGAUCUUCUUCCCCCAGAGCAAAAAGCCGAGAGAGAAAGAGAAAGGAGGGUCGCCAAUAAUGCCCGUGAGCGCCUGCGGGUCCGUGACAUCAACGAGGCCUUUAAAGAGCUCGGACGCAUGUGCCAACUCCACCUUAACAGCGAAAAACCUCAGACCAAACUGCUAAUCCUACACCAGGCCGUAUCAGUCAUACUGAACCUGGAGCAACAAGUUAGAGAGCGCAAUCUGAACCCUAAAGCAGCCUGCUUGAAGCGUCGGGAAGAGGAGAAAGUGUCUGGAGUAGUAGGAGAUCCCCAGAUGACACUUUCAGCUUCACAUCCUGGCCUAGGAGACGGUCACAACCCUGUUGGACACAUGUAAAGAUCUUUUUGUUCCCCUGGAUACAGAGAUCUAUAGGAAGGAAAAUCCUCGGUGUGACCUGCAGCCUUCAUGAACCAUAAACUUUAGUACUGCUAAUACUGACACCCAUGAAAGGAACCUGGCAUGCUGUAAGGGGCGUAAAAACACUUUGUCAAAAACAAAAAAAAUUGCCUUAAGUAUAAAAUAUGGAACAGUCAAUACAUAUCACUCAAUUCUGAGGGGGAACGUUGUAUUCUCUUGGCUUGUUCACAAGCAGCCAGCAGCAUAAUUGUGCCUAAGCUUAAUAUUUCUUUUUUUAAAAAAAAAAGAACAUUAGUUAUGAGAUUUUUUAUGUAGAACAAAAUAGCGAUGCCUUUUGGUUUUUUUUAGCUUCUUUUGCAUAUGUUUUGUACGCGACAAAAGUUUUUUUUGUAUAAAAAAAAAAAAAAGUCUUGUACCCCAUGCUUUUCUGCUGCUGUUUCUAUAGUUAACGUUGCAUCUUUAGGAUCAACCAGAAUAUUAAAAUUGUAUUAAGAGAGACUGGAUAUAAAGAGAGGAAUUCUCAGAUUCGGCUCUGAAAGCCACUAAAAGCGAAUGUAGCCAUGGUAGGGGAAUGCCUUUCCUUGCCUGGCUUGUACCUUCCAUUAUAAAAACUCAUGUGCUGAAUUCAUCAUCUCUUUGCUUUGGCCACUUCUGAUUUGGGAAAAGGAAGUUAAAUGACAAAGCAAGUUGCGGCAGCUUUCUUCAGCAGCUCUUGGGCUCCUCCCAGCAUCUGGAAUCAAGGACCUGCCUCCAGAGGUCUCUGCAGUUAUGAUCCCUGGGGUCCCAGGAGGCAAGAGGUUGAGGGGCAAAGAACGCAGCUAUCUUCUGGAGCUUCGCUGUGGAAGGACAAGGAAGCAGCCUUGAUUGAGAAAGAGCUGCCAAUAGAGAAUGGGCCUAGGGACAAGAGAGCCAAGGGGUUUGGGGAAGCAGCACAAGGUGUAAGAGAAUCUGGGGCUCAGUUGCCAGCUGGCAACACCUCAUUCCCACACGCCUGAGUUCAUGCCUGCUGUCAGAGCCCCUUGCAUGGGAGGAGGGGGGAGAGAUGCCGAACAAAGAGAAGAAACAGAACAAAGAGAGGGGGACGGAGAACGGGCAGAACAAAGACACCCAGGAAACAAGGCAAACAGAACAAAGAACUGGCCAGGCUGGGGGCCUUGCUGCCAGAGGGUAUGCUGACUGCAAGCUGUGACCAGAGGAGUCAUCGUCUUGGGUACAGAUGAAGAGCAGUGCAAGCUGCAGAGACAGGGCUUUGGUGUGCAAAGGAAGCAGCACUCAAUGGCAAGAAGUGGGCUUUGUGCAGCUCCAGCCCCAGCUUCCCAUCUACGUGGAGCAUCUGUACAGGACUUCAGCUACUGCCGCUUGGUACGUGGAAGUGGCAAGUCGAAAUGCCACAGGCAGCAGGAUUGUUUUUGAGCCGUUUGACCUGCUGCUGCCAGGUUAUCUCCAUGUCCUCCUUUGGAGCAGCCUUCUCAGCAAGCUGCCCUACCCUACUGUAGGCAACAUCACCAGGGGCCUCAGCUGGACAAAGCCACUGUCCUGUGCAUGUGGGUUUUUCCUGUUGAGGCAAAAGGAUGAUGAUCCUCUCUCCAUGCUGGUCACAGAGGGGCUUCCCCCUCCAACAAGACACUGCAGCAGCCCUCAGUGCUGGGCGCAGAAAACAGCCUCCCUCCCCUCUGCAUGCACCUUGCAAGAAGUGCAACAGCUGUUAUUUCCCUGGGAGGUUGUGCUGGCUUUCCUGUAUCGCGGUGUUGUGGGGGCUGUGUUCAGCUGGGUGGGGACCCAGGCCUGCCCUCUGUGCCCAUGGAGAAGCUGUACUGCAGUCCGUGAAGGCAAAGGAAGGAACGGUGUUUCCACCGGCCAGGUGGAGUCAGCCUGUUGCCACAGCAGCCCUGGAACUAGAGCUGAUCCAAAAGGCUUUGAGUUUGCAGCAGCAGCUUUUCAUUAAAGAAAAAAAAAAUUCACCGGUUUUUCUUCCUCCACCUCUGUAUGGUUCUUGGCAGCCUGUUCUGCCCAGCUCCAGUUGCAGCUUGGGAUGGCUCAGCCUCUCUACAGGUCGGCACAUGGGUGCUCUCUAUUCUCAGCCAACUUAUAACAUGGUUUGGCCCCUUCUGUGGAGGCAGCAGGUUGCAGUGCUAGCGUAGAGGCAUAGCAUGGAAAAAAAUAGCGCCCUGGGCAGCCCUCUGUGCCCUCCCCUCCCCCCUGCCCACCUACCUUCUUGCUUGCAGGCUCAGGAACAGCAGCAAACAGAGAGCCAGGCAGCGCGAGGCAUCUGGGCAUUGCCAUUCUCUAGACCUGCAGUGGACUUUGGUGCUGUUCUGGGGCAGGACACAGUCCCCCUGCUGUUGCUGCCCAAGUCCAUGCCCAGGGGGCAAAAAUAAAUAAAUGCUGAACUCAGCAGCAAAAAAUAGGGGUUCUGCCCUUGGCAGCAGCAAACUCUACUGCUGCCUUACAAAACUGACUCCUGGAUUGCCUUGCACGUGGACAGUCUGCGCGGGCAGUGUGUGUCAUAGAGACAGGCAGCUGGCAAGAUUGCCUCCCCUUAGGUGGUAUCCGGGUCAUGCCCCACUCACCUGCCCCAUGUUAUGCUACAGCUGUUGUAACCAGGACAGGGUAGAGCAGAGUCGUGUUCGCUGUUCAGCUCCAUGUCCUUGGCUGGGCAGAUAACCCAUCCAACUCCUGAAGGGAGCAGGGUGGCUUCACUUGUUUGGUCUCCAUCUUCCUACGGGCAGUGCUGGGGCUUGGCAAUGGGCUUGGUUAAGCCUGCACAGGAGCUAACCCUUUUCCUUGGUCUCAGCUUCUCAAGUUCUCCAUACCUUGUGCUCUGUAUUUGUUUAGCCUGUCUAGGGCUGGCAACCAGGACUGGACAUCUCGGUGCGUCCUAGUAACCAUGGGCAUUGAUGCAACCUUCUGGCUCUCCCCUGUGCCACCCCCACAGUGCCCUUGUGCUCUGGCAAAGGCCACUGUCAAGAUUUAGGGCCUCAUUUUACUUCUACCACCAUGGGUUGAGCUGCUGCCCUCAGCCUCAGUCAGACCAGCAGGCUCUAUCUCUGAAUAGCAGGCCCUUGACUCCAUCUCAUCCUGUGGUGCUGUCUUGAGGUUUAAUACUGGAGCUGAGGGCAGAUCUGGAAACGGGGCCGGAUAUUCCCUUCCUGCCACCCCUUGCCAUGGGGAGCUAGAGCAGCAGUUCAACAGCAAGCAUGUUGCUCCAGUGACUCUCUGCAAAGGGCAUGCACAGCUGUCCAGUGGCAGGUGUUAGCAGAGCUGUUCCCCUUCCCCCUGCCCCCAACCAUUCCAUUCUCUGCGGCUCUAAAGAAGGCUGUUGAGACCCGAUUUGUGGUUCCAUACGUGCUUGAACAGGGUCUCUUUGUGCUUGCAUAGCAGUGAUUCAGUUUUCAGGGAAACAUCAUUCAACCUGUUCAACUCCCUGGGUUAAACUCCUGUCCACCUGGGUUCUUCCUGUUUAUACAAGCAAGGGAAAAUUUUACAAGGAAGAGCCAGAGCUGUGGUCCAGCAUGCUUGCUUAUGAUAAUGUGCCAGGCUUGCAUCCUGGGAAUGGAUCUUUAUAGUUGAGACCCUUUAACACCAGUCAGACAUGCACUUUUCUAGCAGUCUGGGCCUAAGCCCUGUGCUGGCUUGGAGGACAUUAACAGAAGGCAUCCAGUAAGUGCUGCUGGGAGCGAGGGGUCUGGCUGAAGAGCGACAGGCAGGUAGCUAAGCUGAGGUCAGAGAAGGAAAUUCCUGCUUUAUAAUCCUGGGAAGGAGAAGUGAGCGUGACACCUUCCCUUUGUACAUUUUAAAGGAGGCCACUCUGCCCACACCAGUCCUGCAGGGGAAUUUGGGUCUUUUUCCAGUAAGGAAGGAGCUAAAUGAUGGGCUCUUACCACCAUCGAGCCUCUAUUUGUCCAUCAUAGCUGCCAGGGGAGGGGAGGGAGAGCCUCUCCACUCAUACCUGUACCACAGGAAACAUUUUAGGAUUUUAAUUGUUUAAAAGAAAAAAAAUCACCAGUUUUGGUCUGGGUUUGUUUGAGGUUUGUGGUUUUUUGUUUGUUUGUUUGUUUUUCCCCCAACCAGAAAUUAAAACUUUGGGGAAAGUUUCUGGGGUUUAUUUAAAAGAAGAAAAACAUGUUUUCAAAGUUUUCUGAUUGCUUUUCCUACAAACCAGGACAUUUUGGCCAGAAGGACAGCUGUCUGAGAACUUCUGAUCAAGAAUACUUGGCCAUUGGUCUCUAGGCUCUUGUUCUGUUGCUCCACCGAGCAGUGGGAUUUCUAACCAGGAUCCUUCUCCUCUCCUGGGAGUUGCCAGGCACUGCACACCAUAUUCAGACACUUAAUCCAUUUGUGGAAACAGUGCAAGUGUCUGAACCCUUAGAUCAAACUGAAAUACAUUCUGCACCUGGAAGGGUUAAAUCCACAGCCAGAGAGCAUGUGACAUGGAAUAAAGAUUUGGCAGCUGGUCUUUGCAUAGAGAGCAUGCUUUAGUAUAAAAACUGGUGCCUGCAUCCAGAGUUUUGUAAGUGAACCGAGUACAGUCUCCAGUACCCUUAUCCCUUACCAAGGAAAGAGCAGUGGGGAUCCUGUGUUCGGCUUGGAAGCUGGCUGGUUGGCAUUAACCUGAAGUACAUGCAGCAGCAAUGGAUGCAUCUGGGUAGCGUAGUGUUUGCAGGGUGAGAGAGUGGCCAAAACCUGCAUAGAUCUUGCUUGCUGCAUUCCUGGGGUUGUCGGUGUUUGUACUAGCAGGGGCUGGGAGCUUGGUUGCUACUGAGGUCUAGCUUUGAGGGAGGUGCCGGCCAUCCGCAGGUCCCUAAAGCUUUUUAAUGCAAUGCUGUCUAGUAAAGGUGCGAGCCCCCAAAGUUAGGUGUGUAGGUAGAUGUCUCUGUACACUGCAAGUUCCCUGAAAAGCUACUGGAUUUUAAUUCCAAGAGAUUUUUCUGCCAUCUCCAUGCAGUGUGAAUCCUGCUUACCAUUGCUCUGAGCUGGGGCAGGAACAGGCCAGGGGGCAUCUCUGUCCAGGCAAGGGAAGUGCAGUUGAGCAAACACAAGACGGAUGAAAAGUGAAUUCCUCUCUUGGUGUGCUCAGCAUGAACCAGCAGGAGUCGGGCAUGUAGCUGAGGCAAGGAAGGCGUGCUUUGAAGAAUGAUUUGACCCAUGUCUCUCAUCUUAAGACCCCCUCAGGCCCCAGAGACUCUAACAGUAUUGCAGAGCCUUGUCAUAAAGAAAUCGCUGUUUGCGGUAGACAAAAUGCUCCUGUCUCAUCUUUUGAUCUGCCAUUCUAGAGAGGGUCAGAUAAUGCCAAGAGCUGCCUGCCAUGCUUACUGGUAAGCUGUGGGAAGGGAGCCGGGUGCUCUGUCGGCCAGUGUGGUACUUACAGGGGAGACUUCCAGGAUUCAGUUCUCUGACUACUGCUUCUGCAUCCCUCACUCCAGGUAAUAAAUCCUUUCUUAGCCUCGCUUUCCUCUCUUAGCCCUGCUUCCUCUUGUUUCUGCUCCAAGAAAUGUGGCUGACUGCUGAAAUUUGACCAUCUCAAAAGAUGCUUAGCAGGCUGUUUUUUUGGAGGGAGCGAUAAUGGGAGAGUGGGAGGACUUGACUGCCCAGUAUCUUCCCUCUAUUUCUUUCCUCCCAUGCUCCUGUGCUUUGUCCUGUAGCAUGGCGGGCACUGCCCCAGAUUCUCUAACAUUGGGUGUUUUUAAAAAAAUGACUUUUUCUAUUGGCUUGCAAGGGAGGUGAGGGAGUUCGUCCUCAAUAGACGUUCCCAGUGCUGCAGUAUUUGGAGCAGUUUCCUCAACCCAAGUUUCCAAGUCCCGUGAUGCCUGCUUUUGGAUUUGUCCCAUGAGAGAGGGAAAGAACCUGAAAUGAGGUGGAGUUUGAGGCCAACGAGCAGCCCAGAGACCUGCGUUUCCUCCUUGGCUCGCUGGCCUGCCGGCUGGAUGUUGUUUGGUGUCUCUGCCUAGUCUGAGAACAUGCUGAUUUUGCGCCUCUGCCCAGAAGGUUUGUCCAUCUGGGCUCGUCUGCUUGGUUCACGUGGAGUUCUCCAUCUCGUGCUCUAAGCUGAAAGUAGCUGAGCUCUGUCCAAGUAAGGACAGUGGGUUUCUAUGGCCAUGUAACAUGGGCACAGUGUUAUCCCUGAACUAAUCCUGGAUGUAUGGUGCAAUGAGAUGUGCUUUGGACACCAGUGCGAUCGUUUUUCUGUAGAGCUGGCUGAAAGGAGCCAGCCUCAGUUCAGUCUUCCCUCUUGCUGAAGCCAGCAGAAGAUGGUGAGCUGGAGAUCUUCCCUUUGGCGAGGGGUGUCAAGUGGAGCAGGGGAACACAGCCAAAUCCUACUCCAGACCCGCAAGGAAGACAUUCUGUCUCCCUCUUUGCCUAGGGACCCAACUGCUUAUUUUCAAGGCAUAAGCACCCGCCUGCCAACCUGUUGGCUGGGACGCACGUAACCAGGCAUUAAUGCAGUGUUGGCAAUCUCACUGAUGCCAAGAACUGCAAAUUCUUGAUUCUUCUGCUUUCCUUCCCCCUCUCCUGCUCUUUUCCCCAAAACAAAAUAGCCGCAUCUUCACCAAAGCUGCUAGAAAAGGAAAUGUUAAGAGCUACUAUUGUAGACACUCCCCAUUGAGUAUUGGCACUUUUGCCCAGUUUCUGCCUAUAGUCCCUGCCAGUGCCUUCUGGGGAACAAGUUUCCUCCUAACCCUGCAUCUUCCCAGAGUCACAACAGCACAAGGAACAACCUACGCCCCAAGGAACUGCCUGGCUUUUGAUCCAGCUGAGGCUGCUUUUGCUACCAUCUCGAGCACAUUGCCCUUGUUCUGACUCUGGAAAAGGCUGGAUCCUGGAGCAGGUGUAACCCACAGCUCCUCUGUGUAGCAUUCUUGAGCCUAUGGGGCAUAAAGCACAAACAAACUGCCUUCAAGGACAUUCACAGGUUUCAUAGGCAUUAGGGCUGGAAGGGACCUCAGAAGAUCAUCGAGUACAGCCCCCCGCCCAAAGGGCAGGAUGUCAGCUGGGGUCAUAGGAUCCCAGCAAGAUAAGCAUCCAGUUUCAUCUUGAAGGUGUUCAAUGAAGGCGCUUGAACAACCUCCGGUGGCAGGCUGUUCCAGACCUUGGGGGCUCGGACAGUAAAGAAAUUCUUCCUUAUGUCCAGCCUGAAACGAUCUUGUAGUAGUUUGUGACCGUUCGUCCUCGUCAUCCCUUGGGGCGCUCUGGUGAACAAACGUUCCCCUAGAUACUGGUGGUCACCCCUGAUAAACUUGUAGGUGGCCACCAGAUCACCCCUGAGCCUGCGCUUUUCCAGGCUAAAGAGCCCCAGGGCUCUCAGCCUGUCAUCGUAGGGUCUGCUUCCCUGACCUCUGAUCAUGCGCGUGGCUCUUCUCUGGACUCUCUCAAGCUUCUCCACAUCCUUUUUGAAUUGUGGAGCCCAAAACUGGACGCAGUACUCCAGCUGCGGCCUCACUAAGGCUGAGUAGAGGGGGAGAAUGACGUCCCGGGAUUUGCUUGAGAAGCAUCUAUGGAUGCAAGCCAGCGUUUUGGUCGCUUUACUAGCCGCAGCAUCGCAUUGCAGGCUCAUGUUCAUCUUGUGGUCAAUGAUGACCCCCAAGUCUCUUUCUUCCAUAGUGUUAACCAACAGACAUAGGCUCAUUGAUGUCUGUGACUCAGCCCAGGAGACAGUGCUACAUUGAGUAGCUGCAAGAUGCACAUGUUCUUGUAUGCAAGGUGUGGAAAGGACCUCCUGGGUCAUCAGGUGCAUCUGCCUGCUCUCACCGGCAGCCCCAUGAGCCAGGACCCCCUCCUUUGGCUGGUCAGACCUGACUUUCUUUGUCUGGCUGCGAGCAUGCAACAGGUCAACUUCAUCCCCGUGUAGCCCAGACCAACAGCCACAGCCAGUGGCUGCUGCUUCCUUGAAACAAAUGAGCUGCUUUGGCAGCAUUGACAGCCCAGAUAUCAGUGCAGAGAGACCAGGAAUGGGAACGCAGCCACCUUUGCCAGUGGUGGCUGUGGUUCCCACCUGAAAUACAGGAGGCUUUAUGGGCAGAUGUGAAGGCAAUUGGACCGCUCUCUGAAGUGGAAGCCGCAAGUGAAUGAUGGAAGCAGACAGCUUAUUUUUCUACAGGAAGUGGAGAGGAUUAGCCGGUUCCCACAAGGCUCCAUGCUCACCAGGCCCAGCAGCAUUGGGGUGUAGGAAGGGGCUGCGUUUCCACAGGACACGCACCUUGGCUGCUGGGCAGCACCGCAGCCUCCUGCAGCAGCUCAGCGAGGGUCUAACACCCCAAGCCCUCCUCCGUCUUUAAGCAGCUGCCCAUGUGGCCACGUUCCAGAGCAGUGCCUUAGUCCCUGUGCGCAGCCCCCAUCCUCCACUGAGCUUCCCUCGACUUGCACUCCCACCAGCCAGACACAAAAUGCCAAAAUGCUCCGGUGUUUGGUUAACAUCUUGCUGCAGCCCCCUUGGCGCUGUUCAAGCCAAGGGUUCUCACGUGUGCCUGUUCUGGGCCAUUGAUGCCCAUGUGGGGUUUGUCAGCAAUUUCCAUGGCAGCAGGACUGAAACCCCAACAGCGCCUCUUGUCUCCAGCAGAAGCUGGAGCGGAAGGAGGGGUUGGCCCUUCUCUGGGCCAGAUCCCUGAAGGGACUUUAGAAGCAGGAAGUGCCCGACAGCUGAGCUCCAGAAACCUGAGCAAGGUACAUCACAGUCUUGUGCUGAGCCCUGGCUUGAAUGAGCAGCAAUGGCUUAGUGAGCUCCACAGCAGCCAACCCCAACCAAACCUGCACCCCACUGUCUUCAUUCUCACCUCAUACCAGCUAGAGCAGGAUUGCUACUUCAGAGUGAAAGCUGCUCAAGGCUAAUGCCCCACUUCAGUCCUAUGCAACCCUCAUCCUUGAGUACGUGGCAUGCAGCCCUGCAAUCGAGCAUGUGCAUCUCCUUUCCACUAUCGCCCAAAGUGGCCUGUGAGCUGCAACGCACGGGAGCAGAGUCCCAGCCCGAGGGCACUGGGGAUUCAGCUCGGGGCACUCAGUCUUGUCCCAGAGCAAGAAAAAGUUGCAUCUUGCUGGGCCCAGCCCUGAUGGCUGAACUGGAGGAAGUGGCAAGGACUAUGCUAGCCUGGUUCCCUGCCCCUGACUUGCCCACUUGUGCCUUCUGUUUGGUGGUCGGACACCAAUUUACAUCACCCCCCAUCUUGCUCUCUCAGCCUGGGCGUCCUGUGUGUUGGUGCACCUGGGUCCCCACUGCAGGCUGCCGUGUUCCCUGCAGAGCCCAGCGUCAGCUAGGACAGGAACCUGAGCUAAGCUUUGCUUGACCGAUCCGUCUUCCAUGGCUUCUCAUCCACAUGUGUAUCCUCUCCCCACUUCUUGGGGCCUCUUUUAUCCUCUGUCUGUGCCUCUCCCAGGUCAGUGUCCCAUUGCAGUGACCGUGGCCUUGCUAGAUCAUCUCUUGAGUUACCAGAGCUCCAGGUGCAUGCAGACUCCUGGCCCAUGUUGGCAUCUCCCAGGAGGGUGGUUGGGCACAGUUAUGGAGGCUUUGAACAGGCAGCGAUUAAGCAGCUGACUAGGGCAACCGUUUCCAGUGGGGCAUAGGAGACACUUUCUCCCAUAGCUUCAAACAGGGUGUUGAGGUACUGGGGCAAGAGCUCCCGUGGUUUUUUCCUCUUCCCUGUGUUGUUAUUCUGGUGGCCUCUCAUCCUCUUUGUUCUCCCUGGUGCCUCUUGAGCUAAUGAUGUCUGCUGUCUGCUUUGGCUUUGAGCUGGGUGGUAUGAUUGUGCCCUUUGCAAGGGUCUGAUCUCCAAAGAGACAUGUCAUGAGAAGUCACCAUGCAUUUCUCUUGCCAACAAAAUGCCAUAGGAGCCAAAUACGGUGGUGGAACCGGCCAGAUCCAAGCAAGUGGCUGAGCGCAAAGGUCACUUCCGUCAAAACUGGCUUGAAUUCCAUCAUCCCAGGUCCUGGUCCUCUGUGGGUUGGGAUACAGCGUUUCUUUGGGUCUCAGUAUCAGUAUUUUGCUCUGCUUUCAGACACCUCCUGCUCCAUAUGUCUCAUGAUGCUGACUCUGCUCCAGCCCAGCCUGGUUGGGGAUAGCAAUACUGUUCCUCUGUCCCGUUAAAAUCAGCCACCCGUCAGCAGCGGGCAGAGACGAGGGGGCCUUCAUGGGGAGAGGGUAUGCUUCUCCAUAGUCGUGUUAAGCAAUAGUCCAGCAGAGAUGGCUGCUUUAAAGGGGGACGUUGUACUGAGUGGAAUCCAAGCAAUGCAGCUGCCGGCUCUUGGGGCUGCUCCAGAAGCAUCCCCCCUGUUGUGUCGCGCAUCACCAGCUGAAUGCCCCCGUGGUCCCUAGAGAGACCCGCGGACUUCCCUAGGGAGCCGCUUUGAGCAACGGUGAGAUGCUGAGAUGGAGGAGGCUGCACAUCUCCCUCUGUUCAGUGCCAGAUGUUUUGCAAUCGCAUCAGAAGCCACCAGCUUGAGCGAAUGAUGUACCCGUGCGACUUGCAGGGAGGGGGGGGACUCAACGAACACGGGAAGCAAUUUCCCCUGCUGCAUGUUCAUAUUUAAUGUGGUUUUGCGGGGGGGAGGGGGUGGCGGGGUUGACGCAGAUGCCUGGUAGACCUGGCCAGGGCCCACGCUUCCAUCAACCUGCUUUUUCUUUUAUAGUCCACGGGGGAAAAUACCCAUUUUCUAAAGGAGAUUCCAACUAGUUCAGAAAAUGAAGCAUUACUUGAUUGCCCUUUAUAUAUAUUUUUUUAGGAUUUGGGGGAGGGCGAGCUGCAGGGGAAAUGCCUGUGGAAGUUGUUUAUUUUUAACCCCUUAGAUGGUUUUUUGGCCUUUUUUUAAAAAAGAGAAAAAAAAAAACAGUCCCUGCUUUUGAUGUUUAUGCUGCCUACCUGUAAAUCCAGAUGUACUUAAGUGGCUGAAAAUCCUUGUUCUUAAAUCAGAUACACAUUAUAGUUUUGAACUAUAUAUAUAGUAAAUAUAUAUAUAUAUGCCUAACCCAGCAAAAAAGACAAGAAAGUAUUUGGGGGUGGGGAGAUGCGUUGUUCUUUGAAAUGAAUCACAAUUGGAGGAUAAAAUUGUGUUUCCGAGUGCCUCAAGAUACGAAUUGUUUUCAUUUUUUUAAAUAAUUUUAUACAAGUGUCAAAACAGCUGGCUGGAUUAUUUGGAAUUUUUAAAUAAUCCUAACUUUUUUAAAGUAGAUUUUGAGAACUGUCCUGUAUAUAACAGUAAUGUAGCAAUAAAUGUGACAUUUUAUAACAAUAUUACUUUUUUCCCCCAUAUCUGUCUUUCAGAUGUUGUAUACCUAUGAAUGAAAAGUUGUAAUAAAGGUUUUACCUUGUACUAAAA